UCAGACAGAUUAUUCUAUAUUUUGUGCUUUGAAGAGUUGGGCCAUCGUGGCCCAGGCCUUUGUUGCAGAUGUAAGCCCAGCAGCGGAUCAGACAGCGUCCUGUGUUAUCGACUGGUGACUACCGCGCGAAGAGAAACCGCCAUGGCGGGUUUCUGCUAACUAGGGCUCCAACUUUUCCGGAGAAGAAAUCGGCGGCGCGGGAGUAAGAAAAUGAACAUGUGCAUUCCGGCGAGAAUCGCCGGCAAGCUUCCUCUUCUCGUCUCGUCUUCCAGCUCUUCUACUAGAGCUGCCGGAUUCCCCAGAGUCGGGAUUUUCCGUAAUCUGAACCAGAGAAGGAGACUGGUUUCUGGGGUCGCAAAGAUGAUGGCUUUGAGCAGUGUGGAGAGCUGUAAUGCGGAGGUGAUUGAACUUGAGAACUCACUUGGCGCCAUUCGGCCUGCCGUGGAAGAUUAUGCAGAAGAAGCCGUCGAAGCUCUCAGAGACGGCAAGGUUAUAGCUUUGCCCACUGAUACUCUCUAUGGUUUUGCUUGUGAUGCUUGUUCUUUGGAAGCGGUAAGUAGGAUUUAUGAGAUCAAAGGCCGUAAGCACACGAGUCCUCUAGCUAUCUGUGUUGGGGAUGUAUCAGACAUAGAGCGGUUUGCAGUCACUGACCACCUGCCUUCUGGCUUACUGGAUUCCUUACUUCCUGGACCUGUCACUGUAAUUCUGAGUCGAGGAGCUUUAAGCGUGCUUGAGAAGUCUCUCAACCCGGGAUUGGACAGUAUAGGUGUCAGGGUACCUGACUGUAACUUCAUACGGGUGAUAGCUCGGGGUUUGGGAAGAGCAAUAGCCCUGACCAGUGCUAACCUGAGUGGGCAGCCAAGUAGCGUUUGCAUCAACGAUUUUCAGAACUUGUGGCAGCAAUGUGCCUAUGUGUAUGAUGGUGGUGUGCUUCCAUCUGGACGUGCAGGAUCAACGAUUGUAGAUCUCACUCGGGCUGGGAAGUACAGGAUUCUUAGACCUGGAAGCGCCAAGGAAGAGACGGUUGCAAUCCUCAAAAAGCAUUCGCUGGCCGAGGAUGAAGCAGGCUAGCCAUUUAAGGGAAGGGAGGUUCGCAGAAAUCACAAAUCCAGUUCUAAUGGCUCCCUUCUCGAGUACACACAGAGUCUCAGCUCUUCUGCCGAGCAAAGAUAUCACUGUUGUGCUUACUGGAUUGUGCUGUCACAUAACUUCUUGGUGUGGAAUGUUUAGACUUUUUGUUUGCCAUCUAAAGCAAGAGUGAUUAUGAUUCAAUUCUCUCUCGGCUGGCUGCUGAUGGAGGAAGGAAGGAUCUUGGUACAGAGCAGUCAACCCGGGUAUUGAAGUUCAAGUCGGUGUCGAUCAAUCAUUGAUUUCAUCACGAGUUUAUUAGGUUUUUGAACCGUUAAUUUCACCGAUUUGUUCCUGAGACCGUCUUAUAUUAGAUUGGUUUCGCCAGAUAUCAGAAUGUAAGUGGCAUGUUACUACUGCUGCAAUUCUAUAUUGGUUGUCCUCUUUGUUGCAUGUGGGAAUUGAGUAGCAUGCCAUGUUAGACCUCUUUAGAUCAUAGUACACAGUGUAACAUUUCUCCCCAAUCAUCCUAACUGACAUUUGGCGGAGAAAUGGCCCAUGACAUGAACCAAAACCAGAUCUUGCUGUACAAAAUCAGAAAUCUGAAGUCACUGGCGGGAGCAGCCAUAGGAGACCCACAGUGUGUUGA